AUGGCGGUGCCGGUGGUGGUGUUGCUGCCCGUCCUCCUCGCCGGGCUCCUCUUGCGUCCCGAAGCCGCUGCCAGCACCCCGCCUGCUUGCUACAAGUAUGGUGUGCCUGGAUGUCCAAGGGACUACCAUCCAGUUUGUGGGACCGAUGGAGAGACCUACUCAAACGAGUGUGUCCUCUGCCUUUCAAACAGUGAAAAUAAAAAGGAUGUCCAAAUUUUCAAGAUGGGAAUAUGCUGA